AUGACCAGAAAGAAAAUUAUGCUGCCACCUUCGGGCUCUUUUGACCCUAUUAGGACAUUACGUAUGACUGGCUAUGGAUUGGUCAUUUUAGGGCCUUCACAGCAUUUGUGGUUUAACUUUGUGGCAAAAGUCCUACCAAAGCGAGAUGUGAUCACUACCCUGAAGAAAAUAAUCAUGGGACAGGCUAUCUUUGGACCUUGUAUCAAUUCUGUUUUCUUCUCUGUUAAUGCAGCUCUGCAAGGUGAAAGUGGGGAUGAGAUUGUUGCCAGAUUGAAGCGAGACCUGCUCCCAACUCAGCUAAAUGGUCUUCUGUACUGGCCAAUCUGUGAUUUUGUUACAUUCAGAUUUGUUCCUGUCCACCUACAGCCAUUGAUGAACAGUUCGUGUUCAUACCUGUGGACUAUAUAUUUGACAUACAUGGCAAGCUUAAGGAAAGUGUGCACUGAUUAGCAUUGGGAUGUCUUACUCUUUUAACUCAUACAUAACCGGUUAAAGCUAAUGCAAGUGCAAAACAGAAUGCUGCCUCUGCUCAAUACUGAUCAAGUUCAUAAGGAGAAACUUACAGUUACAAUCAAAUCUGCAUUAUUUGCAGGAAAACAUGUCUGUAGUUUUAAAAAUCAUGGUUGUUUUAUUGAAUUUGAUGUUACAUUUCUUUUACAUGUAAAAAUUCGUUUACUUUUUGAACGAGCUUUUCAAACAGAAAUAAAUUAAAGUGGAUUGCAAAAUCCUGAUAAUUUGAAUUUUGGAUUCUUC